GUCUGUCAACUUUAAUUAUCAGAAAAACGAAUUAUAUUCAAAAAUCAAAAAGGCAAAAUUCAAAAUACAUAAUAUAACUUUAAUUAAAACUACGGUUAUAUUUGAUUGCAUGCACCUUCUUUAAAAACAAAUCGUGCCUGUUUAAAAGUAGUCAGCAGGUACAUAAAAUGUCAGUUAAAGAGUUUAAUAAAUAAAUGUUGUGACAAGAGUGAAUUACGCUUUUAAUUUUCGUUUUUCCGGUUUCUAACUUAAAUACUAAAAAAUAAAGUAUUAGUUGUGUGUGUUUGAGUGUUUUCUAAUGCAAUGGAUAAUUCCAUGAACAAUGUGUCUUCACUACUUAAUAAAUUGUGUAAAGGAUUGUCAUCUAAUCCAGAUGGAGCAUAUGAGAUGGCCUUGUCUUAUUUGUCUUCAACAAAUGACAAAACCAGUUCACCUCUUGACGAAAAAUUGCUGUGCCAGAAAAUUCAUUCAAGAUUAGCUACUAUAUCAAGUAGAGAUGCUGAUAAGUUUAAUGAGUCUUUUGCAAAACUCAAAAAUACUUUUGUAUUAAAGCAACGGGUAGCAGUAUUAUCUCUCUUACUUGAACUCGCAGAUGGUGCCCAACAAUCAGAUUCAACUCAUCAACUUUUCCCAGUACCUAAUCUUAAUAUUGCAAACUCUGCUGUGGCAUUUUCAGGCACCACUACCUCUAGUAAAAGUACAAUGGGAUCAUUAAGUUGGGAUAGAAACACUCCAAAGCAGCAAAAUUCCAAUCCAAGUAUUCCCUCCAAUAACAGUAAUAUGGCCUUAGCCCUACAGACAUGUGAUCGUUCAAAUGAACAUACUUGUGUAAGGGAUGCAGUUUUGGCAGCAACAGGUGUUAAGGCAAGAACAAAUUGUUCAUGGCCUAGACCCAUACAAAUACUUUAUUCUCGGAUUGCACAUCUUGGUUUUUUACAUGAUAGACUCAAGGAAUUUAUUGAUCCUGCUUCUGGUGUUAUGCCCCAAGGUCUCAUGGGCGAAGGCUUAGUGGCAGCAGUCAGGGACGAAUUAACAGAAUACUAUAGAAGUGUUGCAUUGCUACAAUCCCAGGUGUGUGAAAGUGAUGGAGGUGGGGGUACUCUUCGCCGUGUAUGUGUUUGGGCUCAAGAUCCUUUACAUAGAUUGACUUGGCUUGCAAAUAUUACCCAUGCCGCUCAACAUAAAAAAGGUGGUGAAUUAGCGUCAUGCGUGCACCGCUUUGUCAAUCACGGUGACGAGCGUGUGGCAGCUUUAGCACGCAGACUCUUGACUGCACUCACAUAUCCAUUACUACUUAUGUUAACUCGCUGGCUUUUACAUGGAGAGAUUGAUGAUCCUUUCAAUGAAUUUUUCAUUGAGAGUCGUAGUGGUGUACCAAUUGACAGAAUGUGGCAUGAUAAAUACAGAGUGAGGGAUUGGAUGGUUCCAUCAUUCAUGUGUCGGGAGCAAGCUGCACAAAUUCUGGCAACUGGCAAAAGCGUAGUAUUUAUGAGAGAAGCUUGUGCUGAUUUACCUGAUCAGGCUGGGGAAGCUGAUUCAACACCAGACCAUGCGCAUCAUUUACAACAUCUUCUUGCUGCCCAUACACGAAAUGGUGUAAGCAGCGAGGAGGAGUCAGACGGCGCGGGGUGGUGGGAGGCGGGCGGGCUGCGCGAGGGCGUGGGGCUGGCGCACGCGGCGGCGGCGGCGCGCCUGCUGGCCGCGCUCACCACGCACCAUCACUUGCUGGACCACCUCGCCGCGCACCGCCGCUACCUGCUGCUCGCGCAGGGAGACUUCGUGCACCACCUCAUGACGCUCCUGCAGGAGGAAUUAAACAAACCAGCGACGUCAUUGUACGUACACAACUUGACAUGUACGUUGGAGGCGGCCGUGCGCGCCACCAACGCGCAGUUUGAACCGCCGCAUGUACUUGCCAGACUACAUGUUAACCUUUAUCCCAAUUGUGACGGCCGCGAGGACAGCGGGUGGGACGUGUUCGCGCUGCAGUACCGCGUGGACGGGCCGCUGGGCACGCUGUUCCCGGCCACGUGCGCGGCGCGGUACCGCGCGCUCUUCACGCAGCUGUGGCGCGUCAAGCGCAUCGAGUACGCGCUGCACGACGCCUGGCGCGACCACGCCAUACUGCACAAGCGGCUCAAGGGCAUGCCCGAGGUGUGGGGGUUGAUGCGGCGCGUGUCGUGCCUGCGCGCGGAGGCGCUGCGGCUGUGCGGCGCGCUGCAGGAGGCGAGCUGCGUGGGCGCCGAGCCCGCCUGGGCCGAGCUGCUCGCCGCCGCCGCCGCGCGCGCGCACCUCGACCGCCUGCUGCGCCUGCACCACCGCGCGCUCGACCGCCACUCCAUACACGCCAUGAUACAUCACACCACGCAGGAGUUACAAUCUUAUUUGGGAAAUGUUUUGAACGAAACAUUGGCACUGCGUAGUUUCGAGCAGACUCUGCAUGCCGGCAUUAAUGCGGAGCUCGAGCGACGAGAGCGAUACGAAGUUUUAAAAGCUGAGAGAGCUGAUAGAGGUGAAUACGCUAUUACCACAGCAGAUGAGGCGCUUGAUAAAGAGAAGAGGAAAAUAUUCCACCAAUUCUUAGCAAGUAGAAAAGCUGAUUUAAAUGUUUGGGCGCGUACAUACAGAGGCCACGUGACCACGCUGAUACUAAAAUUGGCUUUGCACCAAGAAGUCUCUUUGCAAACAUUAGCAUUCCGCCUAGACUACAGCGAUUUCUACAAGCGCGGGGACGCUAAACUGCAUGAACCACUCACGUACCAACACAAGCGACUCAGCGAAAUUGGACUUCAUCUGGCUAAGAGUAAAUUGAUAGACCAUUCUAAGAAGAAGUGACAAGAAGCCAUGACGCCAACCACUAGACUAUUUUGUGCACAGUGGUUUGGCAGUCUCGGAUGCGUUGGGUCCAAGUAGAGGUUCAGAUUUUUAUGAAGCAAUAAUAAGAUAACACAAAAUAAUUUUACUUUUAAUAUGUUUAUAUGUUUCUUUAGGCUAUGCUCUGAGAGCUUAACAAUCUCAUUUUAACUUUUUCCCUGAUAAGUGCCAUUGUAAAAUUACUAAUUGAAUAAAAUAAUGUACUGCAAAAAAA